UCGGGAGCAAACCCAGGCGGGUGUAACUGUCAUAUUAGCUCCACAAUCAAGGGUGUUGUCGUCCGUUUUUUGUUCCGCUUGCUGUUCAACAUCAUUUUUUAAAAAAAGAGAAUAUUUUGGAAAGAACAUUUUUUGUUACUAUUUUUGGUACUUCUUCAAAGCCCAUUCAACCCAAACACUGCAGAAAACCCUACAUGAUCAGUUUCGGAGCAGUUUCUUUCCCCUGUACUUUGAUAAUCGCAGGAGAGAAAAAACAUGUCGGUGAGUCAACAACCGGAGUGGAAACCACACGACGGAUCUCGGCCAUCGUCGACCCCAUAGCUAAGGCAUGGGCUUUAUUCAUGGUUCAUUCAUUCAGUGACUCGGAAAGGAAAACGGCUGACGUUUAUUCCUCCACAGGCAGCCUCGUAUUAGAAGGAGGAAUUGUCAGAAGAGGAGACCUUUCAACGGGCAAGAAAUCCUGAGGUGAGUUAGGGGCAAGCCACUUGAACUGUAGUGCUUUUGUUAAAGCACAAUCAUUCAUGCUGCGCGGAGAUAUCAGUACGGAAAACAAACGAACCCUCUUUCAUUUGCUUGUUGCUUUAAAGAUGGAGUCUUGGCUGUUAACGGUACACAACUAAAUAAGCAGCGGUAGAAGUACGAAGGGAAGGAGAGAAAGCAAAAGAAGAAGAAAGGACGAAGAGCUCUCCGGUAACUCUGCUCGCCUUAUUAACCGGGACACAUGAAAAGCUGGAGGGGAGCGGAGGCAGAAUGUGGCACCCUCCGCUCUGAUCGAGUGUGGGCAGCGUCGAGUAGUUGGGGGACAACCGGUGGUCGCUAAUCCUCUGGCGUGUGUGUGUGCACGCGCGUGUAUAUGAAGAUGGUGGUGGUGAAAACCGGUUUUUGAUGCGUGAGAAAGUGACGUGCCAGCCUCCCACCUUCCCGCCCUUUGCUUCAAGCGUCCUGUCAACUCAGCGAACAAGGCAGCCAAAAACAAUUUUUUUUUCCUCCUGCCGAUGCUCCCAAUAACAACCACCUCUGACUAGAAAUUCCAGUUUUUUUUCUUCAUUUCUGUGGAGUGCUUUUCCGCUCAACUAUUCACUCUGAGUCUCCAAGUCUCGCGGGAUAUUAAGGAAAUAAAAGGGUGAAUCUACAAAGAGGGGAGAAAAAAAAGAAGAUUAAGGCACACAGGAGCCGCCUAUAUGAAGAUGCUGAUGUGUGACCGCGGCGUCCAGAUGCUCGUGACGACGGUGGGCGCGUUUGCCGCCUUCAGCCUCAUGACCAUCGCCGUCGGUACCGACUACUGGCUAUACUCGCGCGGGGUCUGUCGCGUGAAGAGCAGCGGCGACAAUGACACGAGCCGCAAGAACGAAGAGGUGAUGACGCACUCCGGCCUCUGGCGAACCUGCUGUCUGGAAGGAACAUUUAGAGGUGUAUGUAAGAAGAUUGAUCAUUUUCCAGAGGAUGCAGACUAUGAAGCAGAUGCUGCUGAAUACCUCCUCCGUGCUGUGCGGGCCUCCAGCAUCUUUCCCAUCAUGAGCGUGGGUCUGCUGUUUCUGGGGGGGCUCUGUGUGGCUGCCAGUGAGUUUUACCGAAGCAGACACAAUGUCAUCCUCAGUGCAGGAAUCUUCUUCGUAUCUGCAGGUCUCAGUAACAUCAUUGGCAUCAUUGUUUAUAUCUCAGCAAAUUCUGGUGACCCAGGUCAAAGUGACAGCAAAAAGUCUUACUCCUAUGGCUGGUCAUUCUACUUUGGGGCCCUUUCCUUCAUCAUGGCUGAAAUGGUGGGCGUUCUGGCUGUGCACAUGUUCAUCGAGAAGCACCGCAAGCUGAGAGCCAAGUCCCGUACCGAGCUCAUAAAAAAGUCCGCUUUCAGCCGCAUUCCUUCUUACCGCUACCGCUUCCGGCGCCGUUCCAGUGUACGCUCUUCUGAGGCCCCCAGCCGCGAUGCUUCACCACUGGGGAAAGGUGGCUACACAGGCCCCGCAGCCUCCGAGAUGCCCAUGUACACGUUAAACCCACGAGAGGCAGGAAAUGCUGGCUCCAAACCAGGCGGUAUGGGUGGGCUGCUCAAUUCAGAGAGGGAGUUUCUCCAGAGCAGCACGCUCACUAAAGACUACAGCAAGGACCCCAACCGCAGGACCACACCCGUCUGAGAGGUUCUGGCUGUAGAUAUCACCUAAUCGGAGUAUCAGAGAGGAAGAGGAUGAGAAAUAAAGGGGGAAUGGAAGAAAACACAGGGGAAAUGCAGGGUCGCGGGACUGGGAACGGGUUUGAUAAACUAUGACAAUGAACUGUGAACAUUUAGCCUUUGAACUGUGAAUCCUGAGCCCUGUGAGAGUUUCAGUAUGUGUAGCAGGGUUGAUGGAGAAGUUGUUCCCAACUCCACUUCACAAAAUAUCACUGUAGUUAUCAGCUGUUCAUAACUUGACUUUCUGACAUUUUCAUAGAGCUGGAGGCAGGACUGAUGAUGUAAGUGGUUCCUUGUUUGGAGCAACUUCUCCUUACAAAAAGUGAAAAUAAUGUGAAUUUGAGGAGAAGACGAAAGAGGUGACAGACUAGGUGUGAUCUUUAAUCUUUUUACUUCUUUCCUCCUGACAUUUUGGAUAGCAGCAGAGUUGGAUCAAUGAAGGGAACAGCCUUAGAGCUCCAAGCUGACUCUCUGAUUACGAUACUAUUUAAAAGUGAGGAAGUUAAAACCUUGAUAUAGGGAUUAAUUCAUUUUCAGUUCAGCUGGUUUCAGAACCGUUUGUCCAUUUAUGGCAACACCUUUGUGGCUCUAAUUAUUAUUUUUCUAUACAUAUUGUAAAUAUAAUGCUUUCAUAUUGAUUGAUUUUAUCAUAGAAACGCUCACCUCCUGACUCUCUGAACUGAAACUGAAGCUCUUUCCUAGAAAUAUUUAACCCCAACUCUGAUCCCAGGUCAGCUGUAAAACCUGAGUAGUUGUUAGUACACUGACUGCAGAUCAGCUGUUGGAGCUGAAUAGAAAACUAAUGAAUCUCUUUUAGAUGGUAGCGUUUGAUCCAUUGGUGCUUCCUUUUGCUUGGGUUUUUCUGCCACUUUUUGGUUUUGUUUUUUAACCUAAAACUUGAGAUGAUCAGAUAUUUGUCUGCCUGUCUGUUUGCCUUCACAAAUCACCUUUCGCCUUCCAUGUAAUUCUGUGUAGCCCCAUGCCUCACCUCACUUGCACCCUCUGUACACCUUCAAAAGUCCUACCACCCCGUCUUUCCUCUACUUGAAAAAGACACUCGACUAGAUUUAGUACCUGUCUUCCUUUUUGGUGUCGCUCGUAGACAAGUUGGGUUUUUUUGGAGGUUAUUGGUUUAGGGUAUGCAUGGUGAGGAGGAGGAGACCACUGAGCUGUGAUUAUGCUUUAAGGCAGUGCCAAAAAGAGAAUUUAACAAACUAGAGAUGGACUUUUUGUGCAUUCCCACUACCUCUUGGUUAACACCGUUAAGAUUAAUCUAACAUAAAUUUGUCUUUACAUGCCAGAUCUAGUGUUUUAACUUUCAACUACAGUAAUAAACACAGAGAAAAUACUCAUUUUAGUCCAAUAAUACGUCUCUCCAAUGGAGAAGCUGUUUGUACAUGGCACCCAACUUUAAAGACAGGCAGAAAAAUAGAUCCAGAGGAAAACUUUGCAUUAUUCAAAACAUUUUUGCUUCAUUUACUUAAACUGUCACUCAAAACCCCCUUCUUUAUGUCCACAUAACAUAUAUGUCUACAUCAAUAUACAGACACACACACAUUUACACAUGAGUCAAACCAUUUCUUUGCACACGUCUCCCCGCAGUUGUAGUAUAUCCCACCAUAUCGCCACAGUUUAUACUGUGAAACUGCCAUUAAAUUAGCCCUUUUCCACAAAUGUGGGAUGCAGAGUAAAAUGUUAAUAAAAUAUGUCUUUAUACAAUUAAAUCAGUACAUUCGGUUAUUAUUUAAAAUGAUCACUGCAUCCAGAUUUUUCAUUUUUCAAACAGGGUUGUAGA